AUAGCAGCGGUUACAAUGACGUGGUAGCAGCAGCAGAGAGGGAAUUUCACAGAUUUUUGACUAAUAAAAAAACACACUCUCAUUCUCAUUUGCUUUGCCCCAAUUUCUAGGGUUUCGCUCUUCUGAAUUCUCUCCAAUCAGGUUUGAAGAGGACCUAUAUAUGAUGCACCCAAAACCUAGAUCCAGUAAUCAGCUGGAAUACGGUUCAUAUAAUCUUCCACCCAUAUCUUCAGAACCAUGGUGGCAGAGCUUGGGCAAGAACUCUACCAAUACUGAUGGAAUUCAGGAGAAUGGAUCUGAUUCAUCUUCACAGUCGGUAGAUGGUAGUGAAGAUGAGGAUGAUGGAUCCAAUGAGUCACAGAAUACUGGAAAUAUGCCUUCUGAUCCAAAUUUUGCUCAAGAACAUCAGAACCAGCAUGUUGCAACUAAUGUGCCUCCUGGGAAUGCUGAAAACCCACCUCAGGCUUCACAACUUGAACUUGCUGGUCAAUCAGUAGCUUAUGAUCCAAAUGCAUACUAUGACCCAUAUUACUAUAGAGGAAUGAUGGCGGCCUAUGGUCAACCUCUGGUUCAACCUCACUUGCUCGAUACACAUCACAACAGAAUGCCUUUGCCCAUUGAUAUGACACAAGAGCCUGUUUAUGUGAAUGCCAAGCAGUACCGUGCAAUUCUACGGCGCAGAGAAUCCCGUGCAAAGGCCGAACUCAAAAGGAAGUUGAUUAAAGAUCGAAAGCCAUAUCUUCAUGAAUCUCGGCAUAGGCAUGCUAUUAGAAGGGCAAGGGCUUCUGGAGGCCGUUUUGCAAAGAAGUCUGAUACUGAUGCUUCGGAGAACCCGCAGACAAGUGAGGUAAAAGGGGUUAAUAUUAGCUCCUCAGUUUCUGCUCAAUCUGCAAAUUCGUCCGGAUCUCAAGUAUUUCCUUCCAAUUGCAAUCUGAAUUCCCAUCAAGAAGCAAGAGGGCCGGAUGCUACAUAUGUCAAUAAUUCUGGAGGCUAUGAGAACCAAGAAGCGUUUAGGGUGUCAACAUAUGACUUGCACUCGAACAGAGAGGGGGGAUCUGUUUGCCAGCAGUAAAAACACAUAGGAUCUGAUUAACCUCCAAAAAGGGCCGUGGCAAUGCAUUAAGGCCAUAUUUUGGUAGGGACUGGCGUAUCAAAAGGUUAAAAUUAUUCAGAACUUUUUCUUCUGUCAAAUAUUGGGUUAUUUUGGCUUUCAAAGUCAGCUGGCAAAUCAUUCUUGGCUUAAUUUCUUUCCUUUUUUUUUUUCUCUUGGUGAGAAUGGAGUUUAGAAGUUAUGGGUUUGAUCAACAUUUCUGCUUCUCACAAUGUAGAGAAUGUACUUUCUUAUACUAUACAAAAGAUGACAAAUUAGAGAACUAGUUUGUGGCAAGUUUUUGAGUGUCGGACCCUUUGUGGUGUUAGAUACUUUUCUUAUGGUUAUGGACUUAGGUUUGUUUAUCGUGGUAAAGUUUCCUGUGAUAUAUAAUAGGCUGCAUCAGAAUUCAGAAUAUUUCUGAUUCA